UACUAUGCCAUGUGAUGUAUAGUUGCUUGCUACGAAAUUGAGACCUUCCUCCUCAGCUCCUCUGAUAAUAUAACCAUGUAACGUUCAAAUUCUACGCCAAUCUCUGUCGCAUUCUCUUUCCUCUUUCUUUUUUCCUUUUCCUUAGAAGAAUCGAAAACAUCUUCGAAAACCAAGCCAUUAUUAAUGGCUGUCGACUCCUCCUUCCAGAAAGAACAUCAAAUUCGGGAGUUUGUGGACGGGAGUGGAAACGUAGCUGUCGGUUUGAAGUUGCAUAAUAAACCAAGUAGUGAUGACCUUAACCGACAGUUUCCUUUAGAGAUUCCGCCGAUUCUGUUUGAAGAGACUUCACUUCCAGCUGGGUUGCACAGUUCACAUGCUCAAGAUGUUUAUAGUAUUUCAGUGUUGCCUGAGGAAAAUGAAAAUGCAAAUUGUGCUUCACCACUAGCUUUCUUGAGCAUCUUAGAGGUUCCUAAUCAAGUUAAAAACACAAUGUGCUUAGAUGCUCACAUAAAUUGUCAAAACUGCAUUGAUUUUCAAAUGAAGAAUGAGGAUGUGUAUUCCCAGUGCAUAGUUGAUAUCCCUAGUGUCAAUGGAAACUCAGUUUCACCUGAAUCCUAUGAAGAGGCAGUUGAAAGUUUUAAAACUGGGAACUCACCAACAAGUGUACUAUGGAGAGAAUCAAGUUUCAAAGGGGGAAAACUUAUGCAGAGUCUGGUAAAUGUGGGCAAUCCGAGAGAUUUUGUACUUGAACAGAUAAAGCAGUCUCUGAGAAGCUACAUGAUUUACCAAGUAACAGAUGGAGAAGAUAUAAACGUGCUGCCUCAUUUGAUUCCAGAAAAGUUGCUCUUCUGUUUUCAAUUUUGUCAAGUUUCGGAACAUUGGUAUUGAUAUAUCUGACAUUGAGAGUCAGGCAGAGGGCUGAUGGGUUUGCUCUUAUUUGAAGUUCCAAAAUCUGACACCUCCUGUCUUUAGAUUUCCAAGCUUCUCUGUUUGUUUAAUUUAAGCUUGCCCCUUGAAUUGUAAUAGAGCUCCUUGUGGUGUUGAAGAUAGAAUCUAGGAAAUGUUAUUUGGCACAAAAUACAGUCGCAUUUGUCUUAAAACUCCCUAUGCUUAUAAAAUUAUCUGCCAAAAUCAUAUAUCAGUUCAAUCUAAUGAUUAAGCCGAGAGAGCCGAAUUAAGACCAUUAACUGGAAAUGUACCGGACAAAGACAAUUAGAUGGAGUGAAGAUGCAGGAGGGAAUGAACGUUGUGGAGUGGUUGUGAUAUUAUUUUUGUCAUCCUUCAGAGUCAAUUAUUGAAGCCAGAAAGACAGAAUAACUGAUCUCAUUGUGUGAAACCAAGAUUCUGUCUAAUACAAUUGUAUCUAUGUUUAUAGUUCAAAAAAUUCUAGAACUUUGUCUGAA